CUGAAAAGAAAAUAUCUUGCCGGUGAGAGUUCUGAUUUGGAUCGUUUGAAAUGGAAAAUAAUAUAAUUAAGACUGGAAAAUACGUGCCGCCUGUUCCAGAUGUGUCCGUUGGAAAGUUGCUGUUAGAUGCUAUGAAAAGAAAUGAAAAGCGAAUUGGACAUAUAGAAGCUAUUACUGGCGCUGAAGAAACCUACGGAAGCUUGUGGCUUCGUAGUGUAAGAUUUGCCCAGGCCCUUAUCCGAAAGGGCGUUCGUCUUGGUGACAUAGUAACCCUGGUUGUGCGUAAUACUGCUGAUUCCCUGGUCCUGCUUACUGGUGCCUUAGCUGCUGGUGCUAUUGUAAACCCUUUAGACGUGGCUCUUGGAGAAGAUGAUAUAACGCACAUCGUGAAGAAUACAAGUCCAAAGUUCAUUUUUACGGAGAAUAUUGUCUUGGAAAAGGUUAAAAAGGCUUUGAAUAAUUCAAAGCACGAUGCAUUGCUCGUCACUAUCGACAAGGUCGGAAAUUGUCCAUCGUUUCAGGAUUUCCAAACACCUACUGGAACUGAAGACAAGUUUCAGGCUGUCGAUGUGGGAGAUACAUUUGAAUCGGUGGCUUUUCUAUUGUGUUCGAGCGGCAGUACGGGUGCUCCAAAAACUGUAAUGACUACCCAUGCUUAUAUACCUAGGCCUUUCAUGCAAUCAACACUUCUCGAUCCUGAAGAUCGUGUUUUCACAUUUUCCUCAAUUUACUGGAGCUCUGGUUUGUACGUGACCGUUGGUUCUUGCUUAGCCGGCAGUAUGAGACUUAUCUCCACCGAAGCAUUUUCCGAAGAAUUUUUAUUUAAAUGUAUACAUCAGCACAAACUGACAACUGUGGCUCUUUCGCAUAUAUUUUUUGGAAAAAUGGCACGUCAUCCACAUUUAAGUACUGCUGAUUUGUCAACCAUUAGAAAGAUAUGGGUCGGAGGCGGAUCUGUGCCCUUUCAACUUAUUAAAGAUGUCAAUAAAUAUUUAAAAAAUGGAUUCAUCCGAAUGAAUUAUGGCCAAACCGAGGUUGGUGGAAUUUCCAUGAACAUUGAUAAAAUGUUAAAGCCAAACUCUGUAGGACAAUUACAUAAAGGAUAUCACGCUAAAAUUGUUAGUUUAGAUGAUGGAAAAAUUCUUCCGCGACUCGAGACAGGAGAAGUAUGCAUAAAUCCACCAUUCAAAGCAAAGGGAUAUUGGAACAAUCCUCAAGCCAAUGAAGAACUGUUUGAUGACGAUGGAUGGGUUAAAACCGGCGAUGUUGGAUACUUUGACGAAGAAGAUCAUUUGUUCUUAGUUGAUAGAAGGAAGAACAUGCUGAGGACUAGUCGAAUGUUCUCGUGCACGCCGAACGAUCUCGAAGGCGAAUUAUACAAGCACCACUGCGUCCAAACUGCCGCCGUUGUCGGGGUCGUCGGAAAAGAUUUGUUCGACAUACCAGUUGCCUUUGUUGUGCUAAAACCAGGAUGCAAUGCAACGGAACAAGAACUUCAGAAACUUGUAGCAGAUAAUUUGCCUGAUUAUAAGCAUCUUACCGGGGGUGUAAUCUUCGUGGACCAGAUUCCAAUGACUCCAUCAGGGAAAUAUAAAUUGGGCGAACUUAAGAGGGAAGCCCAAGCUGUUUAUAAUGCACGAUUUAUUUAAAUAUAUUUAUAUAUACAUAUGUAUAGACAGAAGACUCUCGCCAAUUCGACAUUAUUAAAAAC